UGCGAAGACCUGAAGAUGUUAGCGGUUUGUGCUAUAUUGUUCUUCGUUGGAACCUGUACUUGUACAUCUGAUGUACCUGUACUUAUAUGGUCACAAAGCAGCCCUAUGAGCCAGAUUCCACAAGUGAACCUUGGAAACACAGUCAAAGUCCAAGAAUUUUCUAACAACUACCUAACACCUCUGAGGUCCCAGAAAGAUGGAAACUUGGUUGUUUUCCUUCAGGAAAAGUUAAGUGUUGAGGAUUUUACCAAGUAUGGUGAUGUUUACAAUUCCUUCAGUGAUGGUGGAGCAUUUAAAAAUGUCAAGGCCCUUAUGGAUGAGAAUUUCUCAGUCCACCUUCCUGCUGUCAGCUCACCACUGAAUGCUCUUAACACACUGAGGAAGACUUUUGAUGGAAAAGUUCAUGAAGUCACAAGUGCAGUAGAUGUUGAUGACCUUGAUCUUGGGUCUGGAAUCAAGAACUUGAUUAUUGUAAAAUUGGCCCCAGGAAAUGGUGCUCAGUCAGAGGAAGAAUCUCUUGCAUCUAAUGAUGGUCAGAUUGGAGAUGUAGUUCGACGGCUGGACAAGAGAGAACUCAAGUACACAGCCUUGUACACAGCUAAAUCAGCUGUGCAGAAUCAGAAGCAAGCCUCUAGUGUAAAGCGCCAUCUACUGGCAGCCGAGACAUUGAAUGAUAAUAACAAUGGAACGUUCCUCAACAUGACCUGUAUGUACUUCUACAUCCGAACCAUCACUGCGUAUUUGGACAAAGGUGGUAAGAACACCACUGUACAUCUCAAUGAAACAACCAGUUUUACUGAUGAAGGUUCUACAUGUGGCAAUUCAACAGCAAUGUUGAAGUUCAAAUAUGAUGAUGGGACUGGCAUAACCCUAACAAUGACAUUAGACAUAUCGGACAAGAACUCUUCUGACUGGCAGGUGGAGACCUUUAGUGUGGAAGUAGUAGGGUCUGUAAAGAAUAUAGAUUUUACAGGGGAUGCAAACAUGAAUACGAAGAAGAUGAAUGUUGGUGCACCCAAAGAUUUCUCUUACCACUGUUCUCGUCUUUCUGUUGUCAAUGCCACGGCAGACAAUACAACUACUGUAAACGUCAGCCUCGUUCUGGAUGGCUUUCAGUUGCAACCUUUCAACAUCAUAAAUAACCAGUUUUCGGAUGGGUGGGACUGCGUACCAUUCUUUACUGAGGGGAUCUGGAUGGGUCUCCUCUCUGUCCUUCUCCUUACACUCAUCCUGUUGUAUGGCUUCAGCAUGCUGGCUGACAUCAGGACUAUGGACAAAUUUGAUGAUUCCAAGGGCAAGACCAUCACUGUCAAUGUAUCAGAAUAAAAAAUACUUAUCGCUGAUUUCUCAGUUCUACAGUUCAGUACAUUCCACUCAAGUUAAUUAAUGUCACUGUUGGUUGAUAUCAUGCAUUAUAGUAAUACUUACAAUAAUUCUUCUUUGUUAUUAUGGUAUUUCAAUUCCACUUUGAACAACAAAAACAAAAAAAUCAUGUAAAUGAGAACUUAUGGAUUAUUAUGACCCUGUGGACAUACUUGGUCACUUUUGGCUAAUGAGAUCUAAAUCAGGGUCAACUUUUAUUGAAGUGGUAGUGGUGUUUUGGAGUUCCUGAGGAUAUGGAGGAUCUUACAUGAGUGUCCAUAUAACACAGAAUCUUUUAAACACGUUCAGUGAUUUGUUGUUAUGAACCUUCAGACACGAGUAAGAUUCUAUUUAUCAUAUAACCUGUAUUUCUGGAAAAUCAGCAAAAACUCCCAAAUUGAUUUCUUAAUAAGACAGACUUGUUUGAUGAUAAUAGUAUUUUUUCACUACUAAAUUGAUGACAUGGCACAACAGGCUUGUAAUGUGAUAAAACUUUUUCCAUCAAAGAUUAAACUUAAAUUUUCAUCAUCUUACAAUUUCAAGAGAUGUUCAUCUUGAUGUAAGCUUCAAAACAAUUGUCUCUGUGAACAAAAUCAUUGAAUUUGAAACAAUAAAGAAUGACUUUUAUACAGCAAA